AUGAACCAUGUCGAGCAUGCCUGGAAUGCCUUAGGCCGAGCCAUCAAUGGCAGGGACUAUCAUUCGCGAACUCUACAGGAGUUAGCCCAGGCUCUGACUGAUAGGUGGACCGCCCUGCCCGUUGCCAUUAUGAAGAACCUUGUGGACACCGUAUAUGAAGAAUUUUUCACCUGCCUGCACGACGGAGGUCUGUUUUAUAGGUGGGAGAAAUGCACGGACAUUUUGCACGUUAUUGAGGAACUGUCCUAUGACGUCAACGUCUUCAGCGUCAACUGGUACGAGGGGGCGAACAGUCAGUACUACGGUCAGUCAGCGGCCAACACCCGUCGGGUUGGGGAGAUAGUUGCAGACUUUAUUCGACAGCUGAGGAAUGUUACGGGAGCUUCGUAUGACAGCCAACACCUGAUUGGGCUCAGUUUGGGCGCUCAUGUCUGCGGCUUUGCAGGGGCCAGUCUAGAUGGACAACUCGCUAGAAUUACAGGGAUGGAUCCUGCGGGACCUUGUUUCCGGUUUUCUGGCCCUGACAGCCGACUCAGCAAGGACGAUGCCGUGUUCGUGGACGUCAUUCACACGGAUGGAGAUCACCUUCUCCAAGGAGGCUUCGGAACUGAAUUGCCUAUGGGAGACGCCGACUUCUACCCUAAUGGCGGAGAAAACCAGCCCGGAUGUAAAAGGCUCGCCCAGCAACUCCUUGCCCUCAUCACAGACGGAUUCAAAGGGGUGGGAAGCGGCAUGAUGUGCAGCCAUCUGCGAUCCCAGCAUCUGUUCCGAAACUCCAUCAACCCUGCCAACUCCUUCAAGGCCUACCCCUGCGAUACACAGGACGAUUACGAGACAUGCACUACCUGUGGGACCAGGGGCUGUUCCAGGAUGGGCUAUCACGCAUCACCACAGCAGCAUGGAAUCUACACCCUGCGCACGCAAAGUGGACCUCCUUACAGCUUUGAUUUCUAG